UUCCCCUUGCUUAUGGAAAAGUAUUCAUUUGAAGAGCAGGCUGAUUUGGUUUGGGAGUUCUUAUGUACCAUCCCUGUGAAUAUGAUGACAAAGUUUUUUCCUUGGCUUUCAUCAUGUAUUUCAUCAGAUGAACAUCAGCAUGUGCUCAACUAUUUGAAGAACAUAAUACCCAAGGAAAAGAUUCUGAAACAGGUAAUAUUCACUUGGAUAGAAGACAGAAGCAUGACCAACAAGGGUGAAAUGUGUGUUGAUGAUUUUCAUUCACAUAGUUCUCUGUCUGGCUGGUCUGAUGAUUAUACUGAGAGGCAUGUCUAUCCAUCUAUUCUUUCUAAGUCUGGGAAGAGAAAACAUAAUGAUUCAGAUGGUCAAGGUCCAGAUCAUCUUGAGUUGUAUCCAAUAGAUGAAAUAUUGAAUUGGCAUAAUGCUAUUAAGGAGGAAUUACAUGAUAUUGCAGAAGAUGCAAGAAAAAUCCAAAAUUCUGGCUAUUUCUCAGACUUGUCUGCCUUCAACAGAAGGCUUCAAUUUAUUGCUGAUGUAUGCAUCUUUCACAGUUAUGCGGAGGAUCAAGUGAUAUUUCCGGCAGUACUAGAUAGAAUGGAGCCCCUUCUUCAAGAGCAUGCCAAUGAAAAACUUCAGUUUAACAAGUUCAGGUGCUUAAUUGAAGAAGUUCAGAGUGCAGGGGCUACUUCUUCUUCUGUAGAAUUCUAUUCAGAGUUGUGCUCACAUGCUGAUCAAAUAAUGGAUACCAUACAGAAACAUUUUCAUAACGAGGAAGCUGAGGUUCUUCCUUUAGUCAGGAUGCAUUUUCCUCCUGAAAAACAGCGAAAUCUCUUGUUCAGAAGUUUGUGUGUUAUGCCCUUGAAAUUACUUGAACAUGUUUUGCCGUGGUUUGUCGCAAAGUUAAGUGAUAAUGAUGCAAGUACCUUUCUGCAGAAUAUGCACCUGGCAGCCUCGUCUUCUGAAACUGCACUGGUAACACUUUUCUCUGGUUGGGCAUGCAAAGGUAGGAAUGAGGAUAUUAAUAAUGCUGGAAAGUUUGUAUGCUUCUCUUCCAAGGCAAUAAGCUGCUUCUCGUUAGAUGAUACUGCUGACACACAGGAAGAUUGCGGAGACAAAUGUGCAUGUGCUUGUCUACUUGGAUGUAAGAAAGAGGUAACAUCCACUGAGAACAAUGCUAGACCUGUUAAACGUGGCAACUUUUCAGACAUGUGUGGGAAUUCCAAUGAUGGCAAUCCUUCAGAAAGUAAUGGCAUCGAAAGCGCGCUGUGUAAUAAAAAAUCCUGCUGUGUUCCAGGGUUAGGAGUCUCUAACAGUAACAUCGGAUUAAGCACACUUGAUGCAUCAAAGUCUUUACUGAUCUCGUCUUACAAUUCUCAUGCUCCUUCCAUUAAAUCCAGUCUGUUUAUUCCAGAUAUGGAAUUGAACUCAUGCAGCAAAGAGAACACAUUGAGGCCAAUUGACAACAUAUUUCAAUUUCAUAAAGCAAUUUGUAAAGAUGUGAAAUAUUUGGAUGACGAAUCUGGAAAUCUUAUACCAUAUGACGAAGCCGUUCUUCGACAGUUCAUUGGUAGAUUUCGCUUAUUAUGGGGUUUAUAUAGAGCACAUAGUAAUGCUGAAGAUGAUAUCGUCUUCCCUGCUUUAGAGUCAAGAGAAACUCUUCAUAAUGUAAGCCAUUCAUACACUCUGGAUCACAAACAGGAGGAGAAGCUAUUCAAGGAUAUUUCUGAAUUACUUUCAGAACUUUCACAACAUCAUGAUGCCUUGGGAACAAUCAAUUGUAAAGAUACUGCAAAUGGAAGUGAAUCUGGCUCUUCUCAUCAGGUAAUUGAUUGCACAAGAAAGCAUAAUGAACUUGUCACUAAACUUCAAGGAAUGUGCAAAUCUCUUCGAGUUACUCUAGAUAAUCAUGUCUUUAGAGAAGAACUUGAGUUAUGGCCAUUGUUUGACAAGCAUUUUUCAGUGGAAGAGCAAGAUAAGAUUGUUGGUCGAAUUAUUGGAACAACGGGAGCAGAGGUCCUCCAAUCAAUGUUACCUUGGGUAACUUCUGCUCUGAGUCAAGAGGAACAGAAUAAAAUGAUGAAUACAUGGAAGAAGGCAACCAAGAAUACAAUGUUUAAUGAGUGGCUAGAUGAGUGGUGGAAGGAUACUUCCUCUUCAGCAACAUCUGCAACAGAAUGUUCUAGUCUUUCAAAAGCUACUGAGUGCCAAGAAGGUCUUGAGCAAAAUGAUCAAAUGUUCAAGCCUGGUUGGAAGGAUAUAUUUAGGAUGAAUCAGAGUGAGCUUGAAUCAGAGAUAAGGAAGGUUUCGAGAGAUCCAACACUUGAUCCAAGAAGAAAGGCAUAUCUUAUGCAAAACUUGAUGACAAGUCGGUGGAUAGCUGCUCAGCAAAAAUUACCACAAGCCAGAACUGAGGAGGCUACAGAUGAGGAAAGUAUACCUGGGUGCUCUCCAUCCUUUCGUGAUCCAGAGAAGCAAAUACUUGGUUGUGAGCACUACAAGAGGAACUGCAAACUCGUUGCUGCAUGCUGUAACAGGUUAUUCACCUGCAGAUUUUGCCAUGACAAAGUUAGUGAUCAUUCCAUGGACAGAAAAGCAACGAGUGAAAUGAUGUGUAUGCAUUGUCUGAAGGUUCAACCUAUAGGCCCAACUUGCAAAACACCUUCCUGCAGUGGAUUCUCAAUGGCGAAGUACUUUUGCAGUAUUUGCAAAUUUUUUGAUGAUGAAAGGAGUGUGUACCAUUGUCCAUUUUGCAACUUGUGUCGUGUUGGAAAGGGACUUGGCACGGAUUUCUUUCAUUGUAUGACAUGCAAUUGCUGCUUAGGAAUGAAAUUGAAGGAACACAAGUGCCGGGAAAGAGGUUUAGAAACAAAUUGUCCUAUUUGUUGUGACUUUUUAUUCACAUCAAGUGCAGCUGUAAGAGCUCUACCUUGUGGACAUUUCAUGCAUUCAGCAUGCUUCCAGGCUUACACAUGCAGUCACUAUACCUGUCCAGUUUGCAGCAAAUCCUUGGGAGACAUGGCUGUAUACUUUGGCAUGCUGGACGCUUUGUUGGCCGCUGAAGAACUUCCUGAAGAAUACCGAGACCGAUGCCAGGAUAUAUUAUGUAAUGAUUGCGGCAAAAAGGGCACAUCCCCCUUCCACUGGCUUUAUCACAAAUGUGGUUUUUGUGGGUCUUACAAUACUCGGGUGAUCAAGACUGACAUGUCAGAUUGUCCUACCUCGCACUAGGGGAAGAAUCUUUGUUUCGUUCCCUUUUUCAUAUUUUCCCCCCAGGAGUGUAAAUAUACUCUUAGCAGUAAAUCACAUUUGUGCUGUAGCACUCAUCUCA